AUGGCCCUGCUGGAGGAAGACCUCAGCUCGGACUGGCUGUCGGAGAUGCUGCACGUGCUGGAGUACUGGCUCACCUCGGCCAAGGAGUGGGAGCGGGAGAGGGCCCUGCAGGCCUGCGCCCAGCUGCUGGGUGCUUUCGAGGAGCGAUUUGAGCUCACGGGAGAAACCUCUUUCGGGCCCUUUGGCUCCAUGGUGGGACUGCUGGCGCCUUUCACCUGCGACUCGCUGGCCACGUCCCGCCAGCGGGCAGGGGCCUGCCUCGGCCACCUCCUCCGCAUACAAGGCAAGACGCUGGAGACGGGGGCCGAGGAGGACGAGGUGCAGCCUUUGUGCCAGUGCCUGAGUGCCCCAGACGCCGAGGCUCUGCUCCAGGCUUCCUCCAGACUCAGAAAGAUCGUCUGCAAACACAUCCCGCCAGCGCAGGCCACGGACUUCCUCUCUGCCGCCCUGGACGGGAUGCUGUCGGCCAGGUCCGCGUGUGCUCAGGCAGCGGGCGAGUGGCUGCUCACCUUCCUGGAGACGUGCGGGGGACAGCUAUUCACGGAGGUGCCAGAAAUCCUGAGCAUCAUCUACAUCCGGAUGCCGACCAUGCAGCAGGACACCCUCCGACACUUCCUCUUGGAGGCGGUGUCCCUG